CUAUGCUGCUCAAACCGAUGCGCCACGCUCAGCUUUGAUAUUUAAAAAAGAAAAAGAAAAAAGAAAAUUCCCACUCAUUCGUUUCAUCAACGUCCGGUCUGCUGUUAUCUGCGGCACAAGAGCUGCCUCCUUCUCCUGGAUGACAAGAGGAGCGUUUCAACUUCCUCACUGUCUCACCUCGUCUUUACAAACAGCAGCAGCAGCAACAACACUGGCUUUUCCAGAAAAAACAUCCUAAUGCAGCGCAUAAGUCAAAGUCCCAGAAUGGACAUGGAUUACCUCCUGGUUAUAGGUCGAGGUGAGAGCAGCGGUGAUGAAUGCGUGAGGCAAACCGAGGAGAUCUGCGCAGAUUUCGGUCAAAGACUGGAGCAACGGUGGGAAACACCAAUCACGUGAAUAAACAACACCCAUGCCAUUGGAUAGAGCUGCACUGGCUUAUUGGCUUUGAAUCUACAAAAUGCAGAAAGCAACAUAUUACGAUAACUCUGGACUUUUUGGAAGCUACACCUACCCCAAACCAGACUCUUACAACUAUGGCCCGGCACACCAGUCGUACCCUUCUUCCAACAUUGAGAGUGACUACCAGGGCCCAGUGUGUCCCAUCCAGACCUCUGCCGUCCGGCCUCCAACCCUCAAAGAAAGUGACCUGAACGGAGACUGCAUGCGGCAAAACAGCAGUCAAAGCAGCAGCAGCAGCAGCAGCCAGGCCACGAGUAUUGGGGAGCAGCAGGCACCACCACUGUCCGCAUCCUCCCCCAGCUCCAACAGUCCUACGCCCCAGAAGAAGAAAACCCCAUCAAGCAGUGGCUCCAGCUCCUCCACACCAGUCCUCACCAAGCAGAUCUUCCCCUGGAUGAAGGAGACCCGGCAGAACGCAAAGCAGAAGGGCAACAACUGCACCACUGCAGGUGGCGAGGUGAGUGAUGAGAAGAGCCCACCAGGACCUGCGUCCAAACGGGUCAGAACUGCGUACACCAGCGCGCAGCUCGUGGAGCUGGAGAAGGAGUUUCACUUUAACCGCUACCUGUGUCGCCCCCGGAGAGUGGAGAUGGCGAAUCUGUUGAAUCUCACCGAGCGCCAAAUAAAGAUCUGGUUUCAGAACCGGAGGAUGAAAUACAAAAAGGACCAGAAGUCUAAAGGGCUGGCGCACUCUCCCCUGGGACACUCCCCGGACAGAAGCCCGCCGCUCAGCGGCCCCAAUCACAUUGGAUACUCUGGGCAGCUCCAGAACGUGAACAGCCUCAGCUAUGACGCGCCCUCGCCCCCGUCCUUCGCCAAGCCCCAGCAGAACAUGUACGGCUUGGCGGCGUACACGGCGCCCUUGGGCGGCUGCAUCCCGCAGCAGAAGAGGUACCCGGGCUCCGAGUACGAACACCACGGCAUGCAGAGCAACGGCUUUGCCAACGCCAAUUUGCAAGGCAGCCCCGUGUACGUGGGUGGGAACUUUGUUGAUUCCAUGCCAGCCUCGGGCCCCAUGUUCAACCUCGGCCAUCUCCCCCACCCGUCAUCCACCAGUGUGGACUACAGCUGUGCCGCUCAGAUCCCGGGAAACCACCACCACGGACCGUGUGAUCCCCAUCCCACGUACACAGACCUCACCUCUCACCAAGCGUCUCAGGGAAGGAUUCAGGAAGCGCCUAAACUCACGCAUUUGUAAUAUGUGGUCUCUCUCUGUGUGUAUGCGUGCGUGCGUGUGCGUACGUGUGUGUUCGUGUGUGUGUGUGUGUGUGUGCCAA